AUGUCCUCCAUCCUGCCGUUCACUCCUCCCAUCGUGAAGCGGCUGCUGGGCUGGAAGAAAGGCGAGCAGAACGGGCAGGAGGAGAAAUGGUGCGAGAAGGCGGUGAAGAGCCUGGUGAAGAAGCUCAAGAAGACGGGGCAGCUGGACGAGCUGGAGAAGGCCAUCACCACGCAGAACAUCAACACCAAGUGCAUCACCAUCCCCAGGUCCCUGGAUGGUCGGCUGCAGGUGUCCCACCGCAAGGGCCUCCCGCACGUCAUCUACUGCCGCCUGUGGCGCUGGCCGGACCUCCACAGCCACCAUGAGCUGCGCGCCAUGGAGAUGUGCGAGUUCGCCUUCAACAUGAAGAAGGACGAAGUCUGCGUGAACCCCUACCACUACCAAAGAGUGGAGACGCCAGUGCUACCCCCGGUGCUGGUGCCUCGGCACACGGAGAUUCCCGCCGAGUUCCCGCCCUUGGACGAUUACAGUCAUUCUAUUCCCGAGAACACUAACUUCCCAGCAGGGAUCGAGCCACAGAGCAACUACAUUCCAGAGACACCCCCUCCAGGCUAUUUGAGUGAGGAUGGAGAAACCAGUGACCACCAGAUGAACCCCAGCAUGGAUGCAGGUUCUCCAAACUUAUCACCAAAUCCUAUGUCUCCAGCACACAAUAAUCUUGAUCUGCAGCCCGUCACCUACUGCGAGCCGGCCUUCUGGUGCUCCAUAUCGUACUACGAGCUCAACCAGCGCGUGGGAGAGACGUUCCACGCCUCCCAGCCCUCCAUGACCGUGGAUGGCUUCACCGACCCCUCGAAUUCCGAGCGCUUCUGCCUCGGGCUGCUCUCCAACGUGAACAGGAACGCGGCGGUGGAGCUCACCCGGCGGCACAUCGGAAGAGGAGUGAGACUCUACUACAUCGGCGGGGAGGUGUUUGCCGAGUGCCUUAGUGACAGUGCCAUCUUCGUGCAGUCCCCCAACUGCAACCAGCGCUACGGCUGGCACCCCGCAACCGUCUGCAAGAUCCCGCCAGGCUGCAACCUGAAGAUUUUUAACAACCAGGAGUUCGCCGCCCUCUUGGCGCAGUCAGUGAACCAGGGCUUCGAGGCCGUGUACCAGCUCACCAGGAUGUGCACGAUCCGCAUGAGCUUCGUCAAGGGCUGGGGAGCGGAGUACAGGAGGCAGACAGUGACCAGCACUCCCUGCUGGAUCGAGCUGCACCUCAACGGGCCCUUGCAGUGGCUGGACAAGGUCCUCACGCAGAUGGGCUCCCCCAGCAUCCGCUGCUCCAGCGUCUCCUAAGGCAGCGGCUCCCGGGGCAGCUGCCAGGGCACAAGGACUCCGGGAGAAGGGAAUCGGCUUCGCCCUUGGCCAGACACGUAAUAAAUUCCCCGUUACUGGAGUGAUGAGGAGGGGAAAAAAAAAAAGAUUCUGCUGAAAAAAAACUGGGGUUUCUCUGUUUUGUUUUGGUUUUUCGUUUGUUUUUGGACUCCACGCCCAUUGAAGCCACUUCACAGGAACUCUUAGCACUUUGGUUGCGAUGCCGUUAGACUUGGAUGCCAAGGUGGAUAACGGUAAAACAAGGAGUAGAGCCCGUGGAUGGAGGGCAGCGCGAGCCCAGGCUGCUCCGGGCGCCGCUCCUGCAGCAUUCCCAGAGGGCGGAUACAUGGAGAUGAGUCCUGUGCGUUCAGCAGCGCCAUCCGCCACCGUCCUCUCCGUGCUCCAGGGCAGAAAGGAAGCRCCCAAAGCACCUGCCAGAGCCCCUUCCCCAGGGAUGUUCCCAGGAGGAUGGAGCCUCCUGGGACAGGGACCYGUGGCCGAGAUCCCCGUCGCGCCGGGGAUGCGGCCGGACAGCUCCCGCCGGACACGGCGCCUUCCUUCCCGUGCGGCCCCGUGGCGGUAACAACACCAGCUUCCCAGGCUGUUUUUCCCAACACAUCGGAUGGUUUUUGCCGCUUCCCAGAGCUCAGGGCAGCGGCCSGGCCCGCGCGGCGCCCUCGCAAAGCGCCGCUGCCUCCACGGUCCCGCGCGGACACCCACGACCGUCGUGAACCAGGACAUCUCGGAGACGAAACCUCUGUUGGAAAACUGGUUUCAGCUGAUUAAAAUACCCUGAGAGGUGUUUUUGCCUGGAGAAAUUGGGAGAGUGUAUUUACAUGUAUUAUAAAAUGUUCCUUUUAAAUAUACAUGCUCCAGACUGUUUAAUAGGUUUUUCCCUGCAGCAACUGUCAUGACAAACAGCUUCCACAACUGGAAAAAAAACCCCACCCCCAACUAGCACUUGUUUUUAUGGUUCAAAUUUGCCAAAUAAGUCUGCUACCUUUGUCAGUGCUAUCCAGUUAUCUGCUCUUUAUAUCUGUGUUAAACGUCAUGUGCAUUUGUGCCAAAAUAGGAGGGGACGGGGAGAAAAUGCUAAUCAGAAUUUCCUAUGGAAAUCUUCCUUUUUGUUAAUGUAAAGGACAGACACGCGAGCUGGGUCCGGCUCCGGCUGUGCUGCUCGUGGCAGGGCCUCCUGCUCGGGCUUUAGUCCCAUGUUUCGUGCUCCCAGGCGCUGGAAUUCCCACCGUCCCAGUGCUCCGCUCCCUUCGGCAGGACCUGUGCACCUGGAUCCGAGAUGUCACCAACGUCCAUAGAUGAUGGAAGGUCCAUGGAUGAGGGACAGUCCAUGGAUGAUGCUUUGUCUGAGACACCUACAUGCUGAGGAGGACUUUGGCCGUCGCGCUCCUGAGCUCCCUGAGCUGGAUAUCUUCCCGUGGGAUUUUCCCUGGAGCUUGCACAGCGCGUCGAGGCUGCUGUUGGAGCACGGGAGGUUCUCCAGGAUCGUCUUCGUUUCUGCACAGUGUCAGGGCYCAGUUGAGGCUCUGAGGUGCGGACUUGUGCAGCAGGAGCCUCUCYGUAAAUGCUCCUUUGUGGCCGCUUCGGAAGUAGCUCUGACUGCCGCCCUGAUGGAUUUGGGAAAUGCCCCACACAGGGGGUCCCAACAAAGCCCAGGCCUGGCUUUUGUGGAAAGCUCUGCCUCGCGGCUCUGCUCAGAAGGAAAAGGCACCGUGUGAAAGCGGCCCGGGUUCCUCCCCGCUUGUUUAAGGGGCUGUUUUUGUUAUCUCCGAGCGGUGCCGACCCCGCGCUCCGAGCUGGAAUGGGCUUCAACRCGGAGCCCCGGCGGGAUCGGGGCUCAUUGAGCCCCUCCAGCAGCCGACUGUGAUUCCCCAUAGACGGGCAGACUCUCCCCUCAGCAUGCCCUAAGGAAAAGGGCACCAGAUGGAAAACGCGGCCCGUCUAGAUCAGCCGCAGAGGAGCUUGUCCCCACUGGCAUGGUAAUUCCCGCUCCUCCCCCUCGCCCGUUGCCUUUUCACCAACUCACGGAAGUUUCAGGGUUUCCUGGGUUGCGUCAAGUCCGAUGGAAAGUCCUGGGCCGAGCCGAUCCCGGACACGGAGCCYAGGGCUGAUCCCGGAGCUCGGAGCCAAACCUGGAGCCCAGAGCUGAUCCCGGAGCCAACCCUGGACAUGGAGCCUGGAGCUGAUCCCAGAGCUCGGAGCCAAACCUGGAGCCYAGGGCUGAUCCCGGAGCUCGGAGCCGAUCCCGCACACGUCACAGUCAGGCCGAGGGGACACCGUGGCUGCCGCUUCCUUUUCCAAACCGUUUUCCAAGUAGCUUUGAAUGUAGCACCAAUGUACAUCACGGCCUGCCCGGCUCGGCCUGCGUCUCCACGUGGGAACAUCCUCUCGUUCUCGGCGGGACCGACUGGGAUUUCGUACGUUUUUGUUACUGUCACUAGCAGGAACUCGGGCUCUGUUUACCCGGCGCAGCCGCACGCGAGGGCCUGGCUGCUGGCAGAUGAUACUGAUGGCCUUGUGGUUUUGAAUGACUGUGGUGAUUACUUCUUUUUUGUAUUAUUAUUAUUAACGUAUUGAACUGAAUUGCAGCGUGUAUUUUGUGGUGAGGCUCAGAAGUCAUCCAGUGGUGCCGGGGUGAUGCCAGGGCUCCACGUGCCCRUGUCCCCAGGUGGAGAAACGGGAUCACAUCGGAUGUCUGCAGAGCUCCGGCUGCUGGACCCUGCGCCUUGACCAAGCACGGAGCAAAAUGCGACCGAAUCCCUCAGCUGGAGCACGAGGAACAUGAGGAGCAUCCGGGGCCUCGAGCAGCGGGUGUUGGCGCCUGAGCCUUGUGCUCCCUGUGGAAUGGGAAGAGCGGCGGGAGCAGCGGGAGCGCCACUCGCUGAAGGACUUGGCCACGCCACCAAACCCCGUGAGCUCUCCCAGUUCUCCAAGGUACUGGAUGGGUAGGAGGAACGGAGGAUCCCAAAUAAGCUGGUAAAGCUAGAAUGAGAAAUAAUUAGGCUCUAUAUAGUAGUCGGUUGAGCGGUAUGGUUAAGAAAUUCCAUAUACUUCUUUUUUUUAUUAUUAUGUACAUGCUUUUAUAUUUAUGUUGUCUUUCUGAAUACUCAGAUGAAUCAAAUAUUUAAUUUUUCCCGGGGAAGGAUUCAGAGUCUUAAAUCUUUCACACGUUCCUUUCUGGUGACUGCUGGAACCAGGAGGGCGCUGGGCUGAGAACAGGAGCCUCGUGGCAGCCGUGGGGCAGGACGAGCCCCGCGGUGGCCCCGUGC